GGUUGCAUGCCGAACAUGAAAUGGCAAAUUCAUAUAGCAACACGUGCGCAGCUAAAUCGGCCCGGAAAACGACACGUGCGUGCCGUCUUAUCUUGGCCGAUGUUAAUAUGUUAUUAGUAGUAACUCUACUAAGGUGAUCUCCAUUUGCUCUUUCAAUUCCUAACCAAACAUGGGAGGCCAAAGCCAUCUCUUUCUCCUCCACACCUCUUCCAGAGCAGCCGUUGUCCAGCGGAUCUUGGCGGCGCCAUGCACUCUCUGCAAUCCCAUCAAGAGAUACAGCGAAGGAAGUAAUGAAGGAGGAGAGGAUUUUCUUCGUCUGGCAAAGACAAAAGAUGUGCAGGCGACGGAUCAGGAGAAGGCGCCUUCAUUGGAGGACGAGUUCGAGAGGGUAGCUGAGGAGAAAUCCAAGGCAAGGGAGGAAGUCAAGGGGGCAGAGCAAGGCGUCGCCAGCCAAACAACGGAAAAAGUGUACGACGGUGCGGAGGAGGCCACCAUUGUUGACCCCUCCAAGGUUGAGUCGGCAUAGAAUAGGUACAAGGAACAUGAAGAAGGAGCUGACUAGCACAGAAAGCCACCCAGUCAUGGUGGCGUCCUAGGAACAGGCCCUUGGAUUAAUUAUAUAAUAAAAGAAAAUCAAAGUUGUAAUUUGUGUUGAAGCAGUUUGCGAUUAUAAAUUUAUAACUCAACU